UUCUUCAACUACUCAAACUCUCUCACUGUAACUCCUUAACUUGCAUUUAGUACUUUCUCUCUCUAAAAUAAUCCACCAUUAAUGGCGGCAUUAGCAAAGCUCUUAUUUAAAAGAAGAAACAUAUUCAUCUCCGGCGAGAAUUUGAUCGGAGCUAAGUUGUAUACAUCUCAACCGUCGUUCGCUCAGAGAAUCAGAGAUCUGCCGAAAACUCUUCCCGGAACUAAUAUUAAAAAAGAUGCCUCUCAGAUAAUUGGAAAAACACCCCUUGUAUAUCUGAACAAAGUCACAGAGGGUUGUGGGGCUUAUGUAGCAGUCAAGCAAGAAAUGUUUCAACCAACUUCUAGCAUCAAAGACAGGCCGGCCCUUUCUAUGAUGAACGACGCCGAAGAGAAAAAACUAAUCACACCCGGAAAGACGGUGUUGAUUGAGCCGACUUCGGGGAACAUGGGGAUUAGUAUGGCAUUCAUGGCUGCUUUAAAAGGGUACAAGAUGGUGUUGACAAUGCCCUCAUACACAAGCUUAGAAAGAAGGGUAACAAUGCGAGCGUUUGGAGCCGAAUUGAUCCUAACCGACCCUGCUAAAGGGAUGGGAGGUACCGUUAAGAAAGCAUACGAUCUUUUGGAGAAAACACCCGACGCUUUCAUGCUUCAACAGUUUUCAAACCCUGCAAACUCUAAGGUGCAUUUUGAGACGACAGGACCGGAGAUCUGGGACGACACCAACGGUAAAGUCGACAUCUUUGUGAUGGGAAUAGGUAGCGGAGGCACUGUAUCUGGUGUUGGACGGUAUCUUAAAUCAAAAAAUCCUGAUGUUAAGAUUUAUGGACUCGAGCCCGAAGAAAGCAAUGUACUAAAUGGUGGCAAACCUGGACCUCAUCAAAUAACAGGAAACGGGGUCGGAUUUAAACCCGAUAUCUUGGACAUGGAUAUAAUGGAGGAGGUUCUUAUGGUGUCUAGUGAAGACGCCGUAAACAUGGCUAGAGAAUUGGCAGUGAAAGAAGGACUAAUGGUUGGAAUAUCAUCAGGAGCAAAUACUGUUGCUGCAUUAAGACUUGCUCAAAGGCCAGAAAACAAAGGCAAACUUAUUGUGACUAUUCAUGCAAGUUUUGGAGAGAGGUAUUUAUCAUCUGUCUUAUUUGAGAAACUGAGGAAAGAGGCUGAAGAAAUGCAACCAGUUUCAGUUGAAUAGUGAUUUUUUUUAAUAGUAAGAAUAAAUGUAAUGUUUAUUCACUGUAUUUUCAAACUUUAUAAUAAAAUUUGGCUGUUAAAUUGUA